AUGGAACAUGCAUUUAACCAAGUCGUAUUAGAUGUAGAAAGUAUAAAAACACUUAUUAGAAAAAAAGGAAUUCCUGAAGAUGUUCUUCAAAUAAAUAUUUUUAGAAGUAAAAUAUGGAAAGUAUUUUUUGGGUUUCUUCCAGAAAAUACAGCACUAUGGAUGGAUAAAGAAAGAAUGUACACUUUACAAUAUUCCCAAUUUCUCAAUGACUUUUAUUAUAAUAUUAAUUUUCCAAAAACUGAAACUUUAAUAGUAUUACAAAAAGAUAUUUCACGUAUAUUUCCAGAUAGCACAUUCUUCAAGGAUGAAGAAAAUCUUGAAUCAGUUCAAAGAAUACUUUUUGUAAAUUGCAUUUUUAAUAAAUCAAUUAAAUACGUUCAAGGAAUGCACGAGAUGUGUGGUCUUAUUUUUUAUGUAUUUAGUCAAUCAGGUCAAUCACGUGAAGUGGUUGAAGCAGAAGCAUAUUUUGGAUUUACUACAUUAGUUGUUAGAUUUAGAGAUUGGUUUGAUAAAGAGUGUGACAAUAAACCAACUGGACUAAAAGAAUGUUUUAAGAAUAUUGAUAGUGUAUUAAAAAUGUACGACUUUGAAUUAUGGAAAUAUUUAAAUAAAUUAAAUGUAGAUGUAACUUGCUAUAGUUUUAGAUGGGUAAGUAUGUUAUUUAUUGAUGACUUUUCUAUUAAAGAUGUUAUUAAAAUAUGGGAUGUAUUACUUAGUGGAUUUGAUUCACAACAAAUUUUUAUUGAUAUUAUUUGUAUUACUAUCGCCAUUAUUGAGUUACAUCGUGAAUUCUUAUUAAAAUCAGAUUCUAACACUUGUUUACAUCAUUUAAUGAAUAUUAAAAAUACAGCUGAUUCUGUAUUAGAACGUGCAUGUAAAGUAAGAAAAUUUGUUGAAUCUAAACAUGUGUUUCAUUGA